AUGGACGAGUGGGACCUUGACAAUGUCUGGAACAGCAGCUACCUGCAGGAACUCAACAACACGUUCCUUUUCGAUCUGAGUCGCCUGAGACCCCCGGAGUCAUUAGACGCCGCCCUGCGGAUAGUGACAGUCCUCCUGUACUCGGUGUUGUGCGCUGUGGGGCUCCUGGGGAAUUUGCUGGUCUUGUACCUCGCCCGGGGCGGCGGUGGCCCCAACCAGCCCGCCAUCCACGUCUUCGUCUUCAGCUUGGCUCUGACCGACUUCCAGUUCGUGCUGGUGUUGCCCCUGUGGGCGGCCGAGGUGGCCCUGGACCACGACUGGCCCUUCGGCGACGGGAUGUGCAAGCUCGCCCUCUUCCUCACCGUGCUCAACAUGUACGCCAGCGUCUUCUUCCUGACCGCCAUGAGCGUCAGCCGCUGCUGCUCGGUGGCGCAGACCCUCAGAGCCAGCAGGAAGCCCCAGAGAAGGACCACGCUCAAGUGGGUGAGCCUGGGCAUUUGGAUAGCAGCCGCUCUGGUCAGUCUACCUCCGACCAUUUAUUCCCGGACCGUGGAUCUGAACGGCGCGGAUCUGUGCAUCCAGAAAUUCCCCGGCGGGGAGUAUUCCCUGGCGCUCUAUCACAUUCAGAAGGUCACUGUGGCCUUCAUCUGUCCCCUGAUUAUCAUCUCCGUGAGCUACCUGUUGAUUCUGAAUUUCCUGCGGCGACAUAAUCUACGGAGCAACAACCCGAGGAGACAUUCGAAAGUCACCCGGUCCAUCACAACCCUGGUUCUGUUCUUCUUCCUGUGUUGGCUGCCGAACCACGCCAUAACGUUCUGGGGGGUUCUGGUGAAGUUGGAUAUGGCGCCGUGGGACACGUCCUACUAUAUCGUCCACAGCUACAUUCACCCCCUCAGCAUCUUGCUGGCCAACACCAACAGCUGCCUGAACCCCAUCAUCUACUGCCUGGUCACCAGGCAGUUCAGGAAGUCCUUGAAGACCCUCCUCCGGAGGGUGUGCUCCGGCACACACCCCUGGCUGAGCCCAGCUGCCGCCUGCCGCGCGGACCCCAGUGAAGACAGCCAGGUUGCCAUCCCCUUGAACCAAAUGGACGCUCAACCGGUCUCCAGAGCGCGGGAGAGAAAAGGCGACACAUUGCCCGGCACCAGCACCAGUGUGGUGCAGAGGAACUGAGUCACACGCUCCCCCCACCCCCUGCCUACCAGGAGACCCAGCUAUCCCAGAAGCGCACGGGCCAGAGAAGCAAAUGGUUCGGACAAACGGGUUCAAACCUGCGCUCCACUCCAGCUGAACCUCCAUCGUAUCUCCUGUUCACCCUUCCAUCCCUCCCUUUUCCUGAAAUCCAUUCCCACGGGAACGAGUUCUCGCCACUUGUGUCCCGAAUUCCCGACUGGAUUUAUGAGUGACUGGUUUAUCUUUGUUGAGCGGGUCAGAUCUCGCCCACCACUGGAAAGAUUUUCCUCAGACCCGUCCGGUCGAAGGCUUUCAUCAACUCGAAGCCCAAUGUCAAGGAUCGGAGCAGCCCAGUGACGCAGCGGGUAGAGCCGCUGCAUCUCAGCGCCAGAGACCUGGAUUCGAUCCCCACCUCCGGCGCUGUCUGUGUGGAGUCUGCACGUUCUCCCUGUGACCGAGUGGGUUUCCCCCGGGUUGCUUGCACAUCCCAAAGACGUGCGGGUCCGUGGGUUAAUUUGACCUAAUAUGUAGCUGAAUGGUAGAAUCUGGUAGUGGGAAUGUGGGGAGAAUGAAACAAAUGAGAUUAAUGUGCAAUUAAUGUCAACGAGUGCUUGAUGUAGGCGCGACCCCGAUGGGCUGAAGGGCGUGUUCCUCUCUUUUCGGCCUGUCAGUUAAAAUAUCUAAAUUUUGGCCCUUCUUUCACUGCUGUACGGCACAUGGAGAAGUGCAGGGCUGGCAGAUCCAACGGAAGUCUAAAGAUUAGGGUCUCUUGUUCCCCCACUCCCAGCCCAUCACCCCGACCUCCCGCACCUCCACUCCAACACAGCCCCAGCAUAACGCUUUCACACCACUGGCCGCGGUCCAACACGUUUCUGGAAGCUGAGGUAAUAAAGUCCUUGCGAUAGGAUGGGCAAUGGAGCAACUUUCCUCAAGGGUCAGUGACAUCCAGCGUAGCACAGGUGGCAUGGCGUUAGUUUUGGGCGUCUAGCUCUGGGCUGCAGAGAUGGUGCUGGGGUUCGGGCCCGGGGAACUUUAAUGCAGGCAGUUCAAAUCUUUCGCAAUAGAAAAUAAGGAUGGAGGAAACGGCAGAAAGGCCAGUAACCAGUUUAAGGAGAUUGGUGAAAGAAUCAAAGGUAGAACACAGUUUGAAGGUGAACACCACAGGAGUAAGACCACCGUUUUCACCUUAAAUACGGGCAGCUAGAAUGGUGGAGUUGUCUAAGGUGGACUGGGAAAUUAAGGUAAGGGACGGGUGAGCAGAUGAACGUAGCAGAUGUUCAUACAGCUGGUCCACAACACUCAGCAGGAAUUAGAGGGAUUCCACGAGGAAGACGCACCAUCUGUGGUUAACAAAGGUCAAGGAUAAUGUUCAAUUGAAAAGUAUGGGAGACAAUGUGGCAAAGGCUGGUGGUAGGGCAGAGGGACGAUUUUAGGGAAUUUAGGGAAGAUUUUAGGAUCCUACAGUGAAAAAAAAAGCUCAGAAGAAGGAGAAAAUUGAUUCACAGAGAAGACUUGAGUAUAAUAUCCAAAUAACCAGUCGGAGUAUUGAUGGAGAGAUAACUAGGAAGCAGGUGCUGAGGCACUUGGGGGACCUAUGGAGAACGGGACUGGUGAAUGAAUAAAAGGAAAUAAAGACACGGCAGAUAUGUAACUGAAGGUUUGCAUCAGUCUUUAGAGUGGAUACUGCAAGUAUCCCUAAAACAACUUCAAACUUCAAACUUCAGAUAACAUAGAGGAACUCAUUUAAAAAGAUAUGGAAACUCACGGGCUCCGGCGGACAAGUCACCAGGACCCAAUGGCCUGAACCCAAGGGUUUUAAAGGAAGUGGCUGCAGAGACAGCGGAUCAUUGGUUGGAACAUUACAAGCUCUCCAACUUCCAGGAAGGUGUCAGUCAAUUGUUCAACGGCCAAUGUGACUCCCUUCUUCAAACAAGGAUGGGGUCAAAAGGCGGGGAACAGCAUGCCAGUUAAUUCAACGUUUGCGGGCGGCAAUGUUGACCGGCCGAGAGGGCUCGAUGCUGCCAAAUCCGGGCCACCCACUGGUUAGUUCCAGUCAGCGCCACCUACAAGGUGGGCACGACAACCGAUACAUAGAAAGGGGGAAGGCGAUAAAGUCAUUCGGCUACAAAGAGAAAAGACAAAUAACUGGGAAAUGGUCGGAUAACUCAACUUCAAUAUCUCCUAAACUGGCGAAGGCGAGGCUUGGAUUCCACGACCCCACAACAUCCCAUAUCUGAGUCCCAAUGAACGCACGGACUCUGGUAUAACGCAGAAACCGCAGUCCUCUCCAGUUUUUCAUUCCUUCAGGGGAUGUGGACGUCAUUAGAAAGACCAGCACUCACCCCCGUCCCCAACUCCUGGACCCUUUCCGAAUCAAACACAUUUCCACGGGUUUGGAGUCACAUCGGAACCCACGCCUGCUGGUGAGCCGGGUGUUUAUUGGAUUGGAUGGCCGCCAUUAUGGAAACUUCGUUUUUCAUUGCAGAUCUGUUUAGUUAACUGAACGUAAAGUUCCCAGUUGUCUCGGUGGGGGUGUCCAAAUGAUCAGUUCACCACUACGGGUACCUGUUCCACAGCAAGAGCCCAUAAACUGCAGCGUGCCCACCCGUUCUACAAAUGUCAGCAGCGGGAUACCUUUCAGUCCCAGGACCCCAGCGAGAACUUCCUUCCUCUCCUACGCAAGAUCAUUCAGACCAGGGAACAGAUAGGUGCUCUGUUUAGGGUCUUAUCGGAAUGACGUUCCCCUCCGACGGUGCGGCGCUCCCGGAAAACCGGCGAAGCGAGUGUCCGCUGGAUCUCUCUGCUCAGGGAGACUCAACCCUACCAGAGAGGCGAGGGUACAAACUGUUUAUAAUUAGUUGCUUGUUAUAGGGUUAAACUUGUCAUACAGCAGGGAAACAGGCCCUUCGGCCCAACUCGUCCAUGCUGACCAUGGUGCCCAACAAGCGAUUAACAAGGCUGCUGAUCUAAACCUUUCCAUUACCCCAGCACCGCUCAGGCAUCAGACCUAAACCUCUUCGGGAAGAAUUAGUGGAUCGGGAGAUGUUCCAGUAACACUAAUGCGGUCUGGCAGCAAAGUAUCGGUCAUUUUGGUAACAGUAUCGGAGCCUUUAAACAAUCGGUAUCUCCAAAGUAUGUCAUGGCACUAAUGUCCUGUUCAAGUACUG